UCACCACCACAUCUUGCCCAUCGGGUCAUUACAUUCCUUAAUCCUUGGUUUGUGCUUUUUAGACUCUUAAGCAAUUAAAAUGGCGUCCCUGAGCCGGUUGUUUACGCUGGCGCUUUGGAUCGGUCUCCUGACGCCCAUUUACAUGUUCCUCGAGAAGAACUUGGAGAAGUUUUACAUCUUCGACCACGAGCACCUGCACGACCUCUCCAAGCGCGCUAUCGCCGCCCACGGCAACGACACUCGCUCCGUCGUCAACUACAUUGUGGCCGAGCUUAACGGCAUCGUCCCUAAGCACGUCAACCUUGACGAGGAAUGGGUCUUCAAUAACGCCGGCGGUGCCAUGGGCGCCAUGUACAUCAUUCACGCCAGCAUCACCGAGUACCUCAUUGUCUUUGGCACCGCUAUCGGAACCGAGGGCCACUCAGGCCGCCACACUGCCGACGACUACUUUAACAUUCUCUACGGCACCCAGCUUGCAUACGUUCCCGGCGCCUACGAGCCGGAGGUCUACCCCCAGGGCAGCGUCCACCACCUGCACCGCGGCGACGUCAAGCAGUACAAGAUGGACGAGGGCUGCUUUGCUCUCGAGUACGCCCGCGGCUGGAUCCCGCCCAUGCUCUUCUUUGGCUUCGCCGACGGCCUGUCCAGCACCCUCGACUUCCCCACACUCUGGAAGACGACGCGCAUCACCGGCCGCGAGAUGAUUGCUAACUUGCUCAAGGGCAAGUUCUAAGGAGGUGGGGGUUAUGGACGGCGGGGGGCGUAAGACGGACAGCGCCGCUCGUGGACCGGCUUAAACGGUCGACGCGAGCAGGGAAAUGAGCCCACAAGAAGGCACAUGCAGAGCUACGGCCACCGCUGCUUUCGUCUCGAAUAUUCGAUUCGGUCAUUCCGAACAACUUGUCUAUAUCACCAUUUAAUAAUGCCGAGCAGGCGGCAAAGCCAAUUGUACCUGAACCGUUUCGUCAAUGCAUUCUUCGU